AAAAAUAUGUACUAUAGUGCAUAUUUCCUUCUGUGAAAAUAAGCUGCACUUUUCUACAAAUCGGAGCAGCCACUUCGCUCCGAGAAUCUGGUGGCUCCGCCGUACUCCUAGCGUAGCUCCGCUGCUUUCCGUCUUCUACACGACGGCGACAGGAUUUCCGGCGAAUGUACAGAAAGUUGUAGAUUCUCCAUUAAAAGUGGAAUCGCUUUAAGCAAAAGCAUAUUAUAGUAUCUACUGAUCAGUCCAAAAUAGCCAUGGAUAACAGUGUGCAAGAGAGGCUACUUGAUUCUCAAGUAGAAAAGGUUGAUGAAAACUUAAAAGAGAGGAUCUACGAUGAGUCAAAGAAGAUAUGGAGAGUUGCAUUACCCGGAGUACUAUCAAGAGUAGCUUCAUUUGGAAGUAUAGUGGUCACACAAUCAUUCAUUGGACACAUUAGUGAAUUAGAUCUUGCUGCUUAUGCUCUUGUACAAACUCUCACUGUUCGAUUCGUCAAUGGUAUACUGAUUGGAAUGUCAAGCGCGACUGAAACGCUUUGUGGGCAAGCAUAUGGAGCAGGACAGUAUCAUAUGAUGGGAAUCUACUUGCAAAGAUCAUGGAUUGUUGAUUUCAUUACAUUGACCGUAUUGCUUCCGUUUUUCAUCUUUGCUGCUCCAAUCUUUAAGCUACUCGGCCAGAAUGGAUCAGUCGCGGAUGCUGCCGGAUAUGUUUCCUACUGGUUCAUUCCCUUCAUCUACAACUUUGUAUUUAGCUUGACGAUCCAGAUGUACCUUCAAGCACAACAGAAGAAUAUGAUUAUUGCAUGGCUAGCUAUAAUACAAUUUGUGAUCCACAUUCCGUUGUCAUGGCUACUGGUUAUCAAGCUAAACUAUGGAGUUCCUGGUGCUAUGAUAGCAUUGAGCAUAUCCUCGUGGUUUGUAGUGGUUGGAGAGUUUGUGUACAUCUUAGGAGGUUGGUGCCCUAACACAUGGAAAGGAUUCUCAUUAGCAGCUCUGAAAGAUGUACUACCUGUCGUGAAGCUCUCAAUAUCCUCAGGUGUCAUGGUUUGCUUAGAGCUAUGGUAUAAUGCUGUUCUAGUCCUGCUGGCGGGAUAUAUGAAGAAUGCAGAGGUUGCUAUAUCAGCCUUCUCUAUUUGCCUCAAUAUCAAUGGAUGGGAGUUUAUGAUAAGCCUUGGUUUCCUUGGAGCUGCUUGUGUCCGGAUUGCAAAUGAGCUCGGCAAAGGAGAUGCUAAGGCUGCAAAAUUCUCCAUAAAAGUCUUAGUGAGCACUUCAGUUAUAAUCGGGCUGUUUUUCUGGGUUCUGUGCUUGAUCUUUGGCAGAAAUCUCGGAUACUUAUUCAGUGACGAGAAGGCGGUCGCUGACAGUGUGGCAGACCUUUCUACUUUACUCGCUUUCUCCAUUUUGCUCAAUAGCAUUUAUCCUGUACUCUCAGGUGUGGCAGUAGGAGCAGGUUUACAAAGCACAGUUGCAAUUAUAAAUUUGUGUUGCUUCUAUUUGAUUGGAGUACCAAUUGGAGCUUUGCUUGGAUAUGUGGCUCAUCUUCAAGUGAAGGGUAUAUGGAUUGGAAUGAUAUGUGGAAUAGUUACUCAAUCAGCUGCAUUAUGCUACAUGACAUGGAAAACAGAUUGGGAUGCAGAGGUAUCAAAAGCCAAACAACGACUUAAUCGAUGGUACUUGAAAUCUUCUGAUGAGACUAAUCAAAAUGAUCAAGCUUAAGAACUUGUUGCCUGCAACUUUUUUGUCGUAUAUUUGGUUAAUUAGCUAACAAUUCGAGCUCUGAUUUUUUUUAGUGGUAUUUUUUGAUUAUGAACUCUAAUUUUCACCUCUAGUAGAUGAUUUAGUAAUCCUUCAAAUUAUUGUUGUGGAGUUUAUAAACUAUACUCCCUUUGGUCGAAUCAUGUGGGGUGAGAACCUAUCGGAAACAAUCACUUGCGGUAGAGGUAAGGUUGCCUAUAUCUUUAUGUAGUGGUUGGUUGAAUUUCUAAGCUAUAUUUUGAAAUUGAUUUAGAUUCGAUAUU